AAACCACAAGCAUGCAGUAUAAAGUUCAGAGCAGAAUACAGCAGUUUGGGACUCAAUACUGCAAACAACAUAUGCAAUUUUAGUCAUAUAUAUAUAGUUCCAUAUUUUAAGUAUUUCAGGGUUGAAUAUGAGUUAUUUAAUAUGUGGGCUUGAAUCUGAAAGUAUGUGUAUAUGUUAUUAAAUAAUUUUUAUGUGACAAGGUUCUAGGUGUGUUAUGAUCAAAUAUAAAGAGAAUUGUCUGGAACUGAAGAGUUUAAAGUAAUCUACUGACUUCUGGCUAUUUGAUUAAACUUCAGAUUGGGCUUUAAACAGAAAACGUGCAAUAUGAGGAAUGGGAUCCAGCCAGAAAGAAGUGAUUGAGCAGUGAAGGCAAUUAAAAGUCUGGAGGAUUUGAUUUCAAAGCACACUACAAAUUUCAAAGAAAGCAAAUCUACAUGAAGAGCUGCAAAGGGAAUUGAUUUGAGAAGAUACAGCAUUUGCAAAAAUGUCUUCAAGUUGUGUGACUUCAGUGUUUGCUUUGAUGGUUUUGUGCUUUGCAGCUGCAGGUCCUGUGCCUCUCAGUGAAUGUGUCUUAUCGCCUGUUAACAAUUCACACCCAGUCCAUGCCUUAUUGGAAAGUUUUACCGUCUUAUCUGGCUGUGCAAGCCGAGGCACGACGAACCUGCCACAAGAAGUGCACAUCCUCAAUCUCAGAAACCCUGAGGAGGGUCUUGGCCAUCACGAAAGAGAGGUCACAUUACAUUUGAAUCCAAUUUCAUCGGUGCAUAUUCACCAGAAGCCUUUGGUGUUUCUUCUCAACUCUCCUUUGCCUUUGGUCUGGAAGCUAAAAACAGAAAGACUGGCACAUGGAAUCCGAAGAGUUUUCUUCGUGUCUUUGGGUUCCGUUGUUCAGUUUGAGAAGGGAAAUUUCUCCUUGUCAGCAGAAACAGAAGAGAAGUUUUUUCCUGAGAAGAAUGAACAUCUGCUACAAUGGGCCCAGAAGGAAUAUGGAGCAGUAACAUCUUUCACUGAACUUAAAAUAUCAAGAAACAUCUAUAUUAAAGUAGGAGAAGAUCAAGUUUUUCCUCCCUCGUGCAACAUUAAAAAGAAUUUUCUCUCUUUAAAUUACCUUGCGGGAUACCUUCAACCAAAGCCAGCAGAGGGGUGCCUUAUGUCUAACUUAGUCCAAGAAAGAGAAGUUCAUAUCAUUGAACUAAGCACUCCAAAUUCCAAUCCUAACAGUGCUCUCCAGGUGGAUAUAAUCGUUGACAUUAAACCAUCUCAGCCAGGCGCCAGACUUGUCAGAGAUGUCGUACUUAUCCUCAAGUGUAGAAAGUCUGUCAAUUGGGUUAUCAAGUCUCAUGAUGUCCAGGGAAAGCUGGAAGUGAUUACAUCAAAUAGUAUUGGUUUUGGAAAGGAAACAGAACGGUCCAUGACUAUGAGUAAAUCAGUAAUACCUGAUAUUCCCUCAUCACAUGAGAGUUUGAUCAAGUGGGCUUAUGAGCAUAACUAUAGUCCAGUUACUUCCUACACAAAAGCCCCUGUUGCUAACAGAUUUCAUCUGCAACUUGAAGAUACAGAAGAGAUGAAUGACGAAGAAGACCAUUCCCUUCCUCCAGAGCUGACAGAAUUGCUGGGAGCUAAUCCACUGCCUGCUCCAAAGAAUCCUGCACUAAGUGAUGGCCUGACUUUUCCAUUUCACAUUAACAGAGGAAGGCAUGACACAGUGGGAGAAGAAAUCUUCCCGUCCAGGCACUCAGUAGAUACGUUAAUAAAUCAUGACUUUGGACAUUCCCUCUCAAAACAUAAAGAACCAGAAGAGGUUCAGGGCAGUGCUGAUGUGGCCCUGUCAAUAAAGUGUGAUGACAAAGCCAUGACAGUAGCUGUAGAAAAAGAUGCUCUGCAGGCCAGUGGCUACACACGGACAGAGCUCUCGCUGCUGGAUCACUCUUGCAAAGGCAGGAUGAAUGGCACCCAUUUCAUUUUGGAGUCUGCGCUGAACCAGUGUGGGACUCGGACAGCAUAUAUCUUGAACAAGAUCGUUUAUUUUAACUCUAUUGUCAUUCAGCUGUCAUCACCAGCUGAAGGCAGCAGCUUUGAUGAUGAUGACAUGGAAUCGGGUGAUAAUGGUUUUCCAGGGGAUGCUGAUGAGGGAGACGUUUCUUUCUCAAGCUGGCCUGAAAUAGCGUUUAAUUGCACACUGCACCAGCCAGAGGAUGACAGAGGCAUAUUCUGGCCUCCUGAACCGCACAUCACCAAUGUGACCUUCAACAUGGAGCUGUACAAAACAGAUUUGUUCCUUGCUCCCUCCCAAGGACUCUUCUCUGUUGCUGUGAAUGGGCCAGUAUAUGUAGAGGUGUCUGUGACUAAAGCUGACAGAUCCUUGGGCUUUGCCAUUCAAACAUGCUUUGUUUCCCCGUUUUCAAAUCCAGAUAGAAUGUCUGACUAUACCAUUAUAGAAAACAUUUGUCCUAAAGAUGAAUCUGUUAAAUUCUACAGUAUUGAGAAGGUGAACUUUCCAGUACCACAUGUACAGAGGAACAAAAAAAGAUUUAGCUUUGUGUUUAAACCAAUGUUCAACAUCUCACUGCUCUUUCUUCACUGCGAGUUGACUUUGUGUACAAAUAAAGACAAAGAUACUCAAGGACUGCCAAAGUGCAUUCCUCCUGAUGAAGCUUGCACCUCUCUCAAUGUGGAUAUGAUCUUGGCCAUGAUGCACAACAAGAAAACCUUCACCAAGCCCCUUGUAAUAACACAUGAAGGAAAACAAGAAGAUCCUUCCCUUCCAAAGCCAAAUGUGAGACAGCCACCUGUGUUCUACGGGCUGGACACGCUGACUGUGGUGGGCAUUGCCUUUGCAGCCUUUGUGAUCGGGGCCCUGCUGACCGGAGCGCUCUGGUUCAUCUACUCUCGCACAGGGGAAACAGCAGGAAGACAGCAGGUCCCAACGUCCCCGCCAGCGUCCGAGAACAGCAGUGCAGCUCACAGCAUUGGCAGCACACAGAGCACCCCCUGCUCCAGCAGCAGUGCCACCUAACCUGGGGGGACACAGCUGAGGAGCAGAAUAGGAGCACACAGGUUCCAAGGACUGUGUGUGGACAUCAGCUUUUUAUAGUUAAAAGGGUUGUUUUGGUUGCUUCUGAAGAAAAUGAGGAGGGAUUUUUCUACAGGAG